AUGUCCGACAAGCCCACCACCAACCUCACCGACACCGUGCCCAAGGCCAUGGAUGAGCAAGGCAGCAUUGGCAAGCAAUUCACAGAGAAUGGAGCUAUCGGAGGAACCGCUCAAAAGAUUGGUGGUCCCUUUGACAAGGAGGGCAUGAUUGGGAAGCAAUUCACUACAGAGGGAAGCAUUGGAGGAACGGUUCAGAACAACAUGGGAGGAGAGAAGAAGGCUUGA